CCAGUCCCCAUCUCUCCCCACUCCACAGUCCCCCUCCCUCCCAAUCCCCCCGUCACAUCCACCCUCACCUACCGCGAUCCAGCGCCUCGCCGCCGCCGCCCGACGCCGGCGGGGCGGGCCCCAAACUCGGGGGCAUGCCGCACCACUCCGAUCCGGGCCUGGAUGUUGAACCAAUGUUGUCAGGCUUCCGCUGCUCUUAUCCUGUCACUGGAAGGAAGCGUCUGAAGUUGUUGGUGGCUGAGUCAUCGGAUAGUGAACCCCAGGUCUCUUCCGUGCCAGCAUGUGAUGAUUCAGGGGGGAACUUAUUCGACUGGUGCCUGGAGCAGCAUCAAGUGGCUUCCAGUAGUGGUGACCAAACACAGAAUACUGGUGUCUUUCCUGCAAUGCAGGAAAGUGUUUGUACAACCGCUAACAGCGGUGUGGUUUAUCCAAAAUCUGGGCUCGGCUUUUCAGCCGGUCAAAAUGGAACAUAUGGUGCAUACCUCCAACAUCAAUACUUGGAAGGUUGCAUGUAUAUGAACGAGCAUGGGCAGAUGUGUGGACCUUACCCACCUGAACAGCUGUAUGAGGGGCUGUCCACUGGUUUCUUGCCUCAAGACCUUGCUAUCUAUGCUGUUUUUGGUGGGAAGACGGCCGAUCCUGUGCCCUUAAGCUUUUUGAAUCAGUUCCUUUCACAACGGAAUUUUGGUGCCACGGUUUCCACUCCAAAUGCAUACAUGGAGACAAAGAAAAUCCCUUCCCAUGCUAAAAUGGUCCUUCCAGAUGAUCUUUCAAGUGAAGAAUCAUGCUGGAUGUUUGAGGAUGCGGAAGGCUGCCGACAAGGGCCACAUUCUCUUGCUGAACUUUCCUAUUGGCAUCACAAUAGCUAUAUCCAGGAUCUUUCAAUGAUUUACCAUGUUGAUGGCAAAUUUGGCCCAUUCACACUUGUGUCACUAAUUGGUUCGUGGAGUGGGGAACACGCAGAACGUUCGGAAGCUACUGCUAAUGAUUCAUCAUUAAAUGGCUUAGUGGGUGACAUAGUUGGUGAUGUCAGCCAUCAGCUGCAUGCGGGGAUAAUGAAAUCAGCUCGCAGGGUUUUAAUUGAUGAAAUAUUCAGCUGUGUACUUCCAGAUUUAAUUGCUUCCAAGAAGACUGAGAAGCAAUUGGCUGCAAAACUGAAGAACCAAGCUACUAAGCCUGACAGUGUGAGCAACAUGAAGAUUUCCAAACUUAAGGUCAAAAUUAACAAACCUUCUACCAUUCCAGAAAAUGGCAACUCGAAUAGAGCCCCAGUGGAUUCUUCAGUGGCCAUUCAAUCUACAGCAGUACAUGAUACAUUUGCUGAUAUACUAUCAGCAGUUUGGCAAACAAUUUAUUAUGAAGCCAUGAAGAAUAUAUGGGACGGAAUACUGUCUGACCCUGUUAUGGACUACAGUGAUGUAUGGUUUCAGAGAAAUUGUCAGUUGAAUCUGCCCUCUACGAUUAUUUCUGUCACCCCUGAUAACAUAAAAGCCCAAGACAGUCAUGAAAUGUCAUCAAAGGAUUCAGACGCUACUGAAUGUGAAACGGAAUUUCCACCAGGAUUUGAACCAAAAUCUGCUGGGCUCUCCCUCUCUCGAUCCUCACUAGAAGCCAAUAUUGAUAGGAAGUCUGAAUCAAGCACCGCUUUAUUUUCUGACCCCUUAGCAGUAGCCCAGAGGAUGCUGGCAAAUGAACUAUAUAUCUCAUCAAAGCAAUCUUUAUUUCACUAUUUUGAGGAGGUCAUUGCAGAGGAGAUAACAAAUUGUUUAUGCUAUGGACUCGAAAGCAGUAUUGAUCAGGAACAAAUUGGUACGCCUAUUCAUGCACCGGAAUCACCGAUUUCAGCCGAAGUGUCUGUGCAUGAAACACUCAGUCCUGUUGAGGUGGUUGUGGAUGAAGAACUGAAUACUGUUGAAAUGGCUACGGCCAUAGAAACCAGUCCAAUUGAAAUGGGUGUAGAUGAAGAGCUGAAUACCGUUGAAGUGGCUGCAGAUGAAGAGCUGAAUAUUGUUCAAAUGGCUGUGGCUACAAGAGCCAAUUCAAUUGAAACGACUUCAGAUGAACCAUUGGGUGCUGCUGAAAUGACAACAGAUAAAAUGCUCAGUUCUCAGGGAGAAGAGCGCCUACCCCUUGUGUCUUAUGCAAGGAUAUUUGAAAAGAUGGAUAUAUGUAUGACAGCAGAGUUGGAUGAGAGUUUUGAUGAAGUGCCUCCUGGAGUGGAGACUGGCUUAGUUCCCUUACCACUUAAGGAGAAAAUCGUAUAUCAGCCUUUGAGAUCAAUGAACUCUAUUCCUGUGAUUUCUAGAUAUAUGUCCUUGGCUCUCUUCCGGCAAAGACUACAUGAGAAUGUUGUGAGAGAGUGGACAUCUCUCUUCUCAGAUACAAUUAGGGAGUGCUUGGACUCAUGGUACAAUAGGCAAAAUGCUGUACCUAAAAUUGCAGAUGGAUCAUCAAAACUCAAAGAAUAUACAUACUACAGGAAGAGGAAAUCCAAGAAAACCUGUCAAGCAACAUCAUCAAAAAAACCUGUAGAACUUUCAAUGGACGAGCAGCUUUCAAAACCUCUCUGUCAGCUUGUUGACCACAAGAUUAAUGUGAAAAAUAUCCAGGAAUCGAACAAAGCUUCAACAUCAAAGAGAGUUUCAUUUGUGGACAAGCCCUCUAAAAAAAGAACCAAGACUCUGGCUAUUGCUAACAACGCUCAUAAUUUGAAUAUCCAGCAAGAUCUGAAACUUGUUUCCAGCGAGGUGCCAAAAAGAACCAGGUCAUCUCAUCCAACCAAGAAGCAGGUGGUUGCUAACAAAACACCUAUGGUGAACGAUAAUGCCAUGAAUACUAGUAUGCUCACGAAGCCUGUCAAGAAAAGAAAGGGCAGGAACAUUUCCAGCGAGGCCAGUCUGAAGGUAGACCUGAUGAUUUCAUGUCCUGAAUCAGAUGGUUGUGCUAGAGCUUCGAUUAAUGGAUGGGAGUGGCGUAACUGGGCGCGGAAUGCUACUCCAUCAGAAAGAGCUCGUGUGAGAGGGUAUCGUGUCCGUUCUAUUCUUUCUGCCUCAAAUAAGAAGUUGUGGAAUAAUUCUCAAGACAAGAUGGUUUCAUCUGCAAGAACAAAUCGGGUUAAGCUGCGGCGGCUGUUAAGAGCCUAUACAGGUGCUGAGCUGCUGAAAAUUACUCAAAUGAAGGCAAGGAAAAAGCGUUUACGUUUUCAGAGGAGCAAGAUCCAUGAUUGGGGUCUGGUCGCCCUUGAGUUGAUCGAAGCAGAAGAUUUUGUUAUAGAAUAUGUUGGUGACCUGAUUCGCAAGCGGGUUUCGGACAUACGUGAGGCUCAAUAUGAGAAGAGUGGGAUUGGAAGCAGCUACCUUUUUCGGUUGGAUGAUGAUUAUGUGGUCGAUGCUACUAAGCGUGGUGGGUUAGCAAGGUUCAUAAAUCAUUCCUGUGAACCAAAUUGCUAUACAAAAGUGAUCACUGUAGACGGCCAGAAGAAGAUUUACAUUUAUGCAAAGAGGCGUAUAUAUGCUGGGGAGGAACUUACAUAUAAUUACAAGUUUCCUCUGGAGGAAAAAAAGAUCCCGUGCUAUUGUGGUUCCCAGAGGUGCCGUGGAUCAAUGAAUUAAGUAAGGCCAUCCUUUGAGGGAUUAGACUGGAAUUGGUAUAUAGGUGUGAUGAGUGGAUGUGGAUUAAACUGCAUUGUAUUGGACUUUUGGCAUACAAGUGUCGUUCUCAGAUUUAUUUGGAAGGAUUUAUAUAAUUGUCGAAGUGCGGGGUUGUGGAACAUGCUGUACUGCAAGAAGAAACUGCACAUUCUACUUAUCUGAGGUAGAUGAGAUUAAUUUCAAGGUAUCCCGAGGAUGGUGUAAGGGGCCGAUACAUUGUCAUGUCGCCGCUGCCUUCUGGAGGUGGUGGGCAUGAGGGAUCAGUUGAGGAUGAGCUGAGCUAGUAAAUGGUUGCUUUCUGACAAGGUAUAAAGCUGCGCAGACCUGUCGAUUCAUCCAUGAGGUGAUGCAUGUACGCGUCCACGAAUUUUCCAAAUGCGUGUGCCACAGAAUUAGGCUCGGCAGCUUGCUUGCUCGGACGUAUACAUGCCAAUGGAUCCACAAGCCUAAGUGUGUCAUUCGCUGAUCGAGCCCGUGCACGCUUCCUUGGUGACUUGGUAAUGUGCAUGAACUAGCCAUGUACCAUAUGGCCAAGAUUUUGGUUGCCUAGACAACAUGGCCAAAGGAUUGACCCCCCAAAAAUGCAUGUGAUAUGAUGGAGGCACCUCUUCGAGAGAUUUUACAAUCUGAAUAAGUGAGAAACCCUUAAGGUUAGCCAAAUCUUAGCAAGCCUGCACGGGCUGAUGAAGGCGAGAGUAAGAAGAGCAUGAACACAGGAGGCAAGCAAAAGAGGGAUCUGAAAACGUGGCAUGCUCUAAGGAGCAAACGAAUGGGAGAUAUUGAUUGGCUUUCACUUAUUCGCUAUCACCCUUGAAAGAUGGACGCGUUGCUUAGAUCACUUAAGCUCUUCAAACGUGGUGUAGGUUGCUGGACUUGCUGCUGCUGGAGCUGAAGUCCACUCUGUAGAGAACCCAGGCCCAUUUUCGGUGACAUGUGAAGCACACUCUUUCAGUACAUCGGUAGAGUAGUUAUCUCUUUCUUUUCGUCUUCUUUUCUUUUUCUUUUUUUGGAGAGGAGAUAAAGUAGUUGUACCUGCAUAGAGUAGGCCUUCGUUACUUAAGUUGUAGUUUAACUUUUGGGCCUGGGUGUGGACCAGGGAUUAUGAAUUUCUUCCUGGGCCUAGUUCUUGGACACUAGAAAGAACACUACUGAACCCGGUGGUGUACAGUAACAAAACAAAAGUGAGCGCGGUUGCACAUGAAGCUUAAAAACUUGUCAUCUCCUAGAUAUUUCCCUCUAGGUCAAAAUACGUCAUCUGUUCCGAAAUGCAUGUUAUAGUUUUGUUUUAUGUCAAAGUCCUCUAAAUUUAGUCAAGUGUACAGAAAAAUGUAUCGAAAUAUAUAACAUCAAAUUAGUUUAUAAAUUCACCAUGAAAUAUGUUUUCAUAGUAUAAUUACUUGGUAUAUAAGUGGUAAUAUAUUUUUAUGUAAAUUUUGUCAAAGUUUGAGAAGUUUGACUUGGACAAAUUAAAACGACUAGUGUUUUGGAACAGAUGGAGUACUUGAUUAGGAUUCCACGCUCGUAAGCUAAACGUCUUAAAAGUUAAUGAUAGUCAAUUUUUCACAUGUUUAACUAGCUCUUGUCCCAUCAAUUAUUCAUGACCAGACAAACUACUACUGUUACUGCUGCUCGGUACUAUUGUAUUGUUUGCUAUGAAAUUUCUUUGCUUCAAAUAGGCACGAGUUAACAAAGUGCCAUAAGCCCAUAAAUCGCAACUUGACCGGGGGUUGAGAUGUACCCCUAGCCUUUCGCUGCGAAGGUGGGAUUGAAGCUUAGAGCCUUCUUUUCUUCUUCUUCCUCCCUUCUCUCCUUUCCUUCUUCUUCCUCCUCAAAUUUGUAGGGGGGCUUAGUGGGGCUCCAUGGAAUUCAUGGCGGUAGGGGGGCUCAACAACCCCACCCCCCCCCCCGGCCCACCCCGCCCCUGGCUCUUAAUAAAGUUGGUAAGGAUCCAACCCUAUCUGCCUAGGUGACUCGUGUCCUCACUAGUUAGUUUAUCCCGGGAUCAUUUUCAGUUAAUUCAAAACUACAGGCCACUAGAUGUGACUGUUUGCUUGUAUAUCACUGUAUCCGGCCUUCUUUGUUGGAAGAGCAUAGGUGAGCAAUGGUGUCAAGUUAAAGGAUGAGAUAUCCCAUGCUUUCCUUUGAUGGUCGGUUCGAAUCCGGCAGGUCGGCUCUAGGUCUUGUUUGGAAACUUUGAUUGUGAAUCAAUUUCUUAAAAUAUGUACUAAGCCUUAAUAACUCCCAAAGCAUUGUGUUCUAUGGUUUUUUUUUUCUUUAGUAGUAUGACCUUUUUUUGGUUAGGUUCAUCAAUUUAUUGGUGCUUAGCUCAAUUCUAAUUGUAAAAAAUAAAGUGUGUGAAGACCCUGUUUUCCUUUCAGUCGUCGAAGAAGAAUGUAAUGUGUGUCAAAAAGGAUGUACAUUGUGUGUUGCCAAAUUCUUGUAAUAACAGUGUAAUAUGUCAAAACCUAACUGUUGUCAAGAGGCAAAACAAUGCAUAUCAAGUGUGCUUA